GGAGAUGUCGGAAAUUCUCUUAUUUUCCCCGCGGAUUCUUACAUAGCGCGAUGGUUCCUGCACAGCAGAGGAACUACAACUCCCGGCAGCCCACUCGCUGGCAAGCCCUUCCCAAUAGGAAGCGUAGGCUGGUUUCCCGCUCGGGCAUGUUCAGGGCUGCUUGGGCUUGUUGCAAAAAACCGUGUUUUUAUUUUGUGCUCUUCUACCCAUUGAGAAGCACGGGGCGGAGGAGUUAAUUGAUUAGGAAUCGCCCUCGCUCAUUUUUGUUCCAAAGGAAAUGGAAGGCGCCGGAGCGCCGGAAGAGCCUCCAGUGAGUUGCCCAGUUUGCUCCCUGGAGCUCCCAGUUGCUCGUAUUAAUGCACAUCUGGACAGAUGUUUGCAGCAACAGCAGGGCGGAGCGGGAGAAGCUCAGAUCCCAGAGGGUGGGCGUAGUAGUAGUAACUGCAACAGCCCAGAUGCUGCGGGAAUGGGCCCGUCCCAGCCAUACUAUAAGAAAAUGCGCCUCUCCAAAUCUCCAGAGAGGAACAAGAAAGAAGAGGAGCCUGGAAGCAGCCCCAGCUCGGCACCGGUGUUUUCCCUUUUCCACAAAAGAAGGAGCUCUGGAGGAGGGAAGCCCGAAAUUCCUAGGGGCGCAGCGGCGUCUCCGACCCACAGAAAGGGGGGAGAGAAACAACUGGAUGGGGAAAAGGUAGCGGUAGGAGCGGAUGCGUCGGUGCCUGAGCUGAGCGGGGAGACUCUGGCCCAAAAGUUAGAAGGGAAACCCUUGGCAGAUAAGCUUCGUCCGACCCACCUGGGAGAUUAUAUGGGGCAGAAUCAAGUGCUGGGGGAGCAGACUCUCUUGCGGUCCCUGCUGGAAGCCCAUGAAAUCCCCUCCCUCAUCCUCUGGGGGCCACCAGGCUGCGGCAAGACAACUUUGGCACAUAUCAUUGCAAAUAACAGCAAGAAGAAUGGCACACGCUUUGUGACAUUGUCAGCUACAAGUGCCAAAACCGCUGAUGUGCGAGAUGUCAUUUCCCAAGCUCAAAAUGAAAAGAGACUCUGCAAGAGGAAGACCAUCCUCUUUAUUGACGAGAUCCACCGUUUCAACAAGUCACAGCAGGAUACUUUCCUUCCUCACGUCGAGUGUGGAACUGUGACUCUGAUUGGAGCAACCACUGAAAACCCUUCUUUCCAAGUUAAUUCUGCCCUUCUGAGCCGCUGUCGUGUUAUUGUUCUUGAGAAGCUCUCCGUCGAGGCAGUGGAAGCUAUUCUAGUGCGAGCUGUCAGGUCCUUAGGGAUCCAGAUUCUAAGCGAGCAACACACUAGCUCUGUGAAUGGCAGCGACAGCAAGGGCUCUGAACCAAGUAUAUACAUCAGUAAAACAGCUAUCAGCACUCUUGCCUAUCUCUGUGAUGGUGAUGCAAGAACUGGGUUGAAUGGACUCCAGAUGGCUAUUCAGGCCAGGUUACCGAAACUGGCCCAUCCCAGUAAUAUUGAUGGCUUUUCUGCUAAAGAGGUGACCAUCACAGAAGAUCAUGUGAAAGAAGGCCUCCAACGGUCUCACAUUCUAUAUGAUCGAGCUGGUGAAGAGCACUACAACUGCAUCUCAGCACUCCAUAAAUCUAUGCGGGGCUCAGAUGAAAAUGCUUCUCUUUACUGGCUUGCCCGAAUGCUUGAAGGUGGUGAGGAUCCACUGUAUGUGGCAAGGCGGUUGGUGAGAUUUGCCAGCGAAGAUGUAGGACUAGCAGAUCCCUUGGCGUUAACUCAAGCUGUGUCUGCUUAUCAAGGCUGCCACUUCAUUGGAAUGCCAGAGUGCGAGGUCUUACUAGCCCAGUGUGUCAUCUAUCUUGCCAGAGCGCCGAAAUCUAUAGAAGUGUACAGCGCUUAUAGCAACGUCAAGGCAUGCCUCAGAAACCAUCAAGGUCCGCUUCCACCUGUUCCCUUGCACUUAAGGAAUGCGCCAACCAAGCUCAUGAAGGACAUUGGCUAUGCGAAAGGUUAUAAAUACAAUCCUAUGUAUAAGGAACCGGUAGAACAGGACUACCUACCUGAAGAGUUGAAAGGGGUCAAUUUUUUUACCUAUGAAAGAAUGUGAUGACCCAACGCAUGAGACUGUCUUUUUCCUCCCCCCUCCCCCUCACUAUUUGCAAUCUAGUAUUAAUUCUAUAAUACGUUAUUGUAAGUUCAGUUCUGGUUUAAGGCCAUUGUGUUUUCUGACCUGAUGAUUUUCAAUUAUUUGGUUUAUAGCAGCAUGUUCGUCCAAUAUACUGAUGAUUUAUAAAUGGUGACUGUCUGUCUGUUGGCAGAAGUUAAAACAUAUUGUUCUAGAGAGGAAAAUACAUCAGACAUCAUUAUGUUAUAAAAGAAAUUCUGCCACAGUCAGGCAGGAAUAUUUUAGGUAGUAGAUGUUAUUUUAAAAGUGAAAUACAACAGGCACAAUAUGACAGAAUUAGGCCCUUUUAAUGAGAUUGAAUUAGACAUGCACUUAAUGCUCCUAGUGUAAUCAGUGGGAAUCAAAAGUGCCUAAUUUUCAAUGGUUUGUGCAUGCUGUUAAAUAUUUUAAUACGAUCUACUCAGAAAUGAAAAUUAUACUGCAUUUGCACCUUAAGAUGGAAAACAAUAUUGUCAUAUAAU